AUGAUCCAGCCACUGGAGAACUAUUUGCCAGCAUCAUCUCACAUGGACAAUGUUUGCACCUCCAUCAGCCCACCACCACCUCCACCUCCACCACCUUCACCACCUCCAUCACCACAACCAUCUCGAUCAUCUCCAUCAACUCCACCACCACAGCCACCAUCUCCACCUCCACAACCACCACCUCUACCACAACCACCACAGCAGCCACCACCUCCACCUCCACCAUCUCCACCACCACCCUUACCACCUCCAUCACCACUACCUCCACCACCACCUUCACCAUCAUCACCUCCACCUCCACCACCACCUUUACCAUCAUCACCUCCACCUCCACCACCUCCACCACCACCUUCACAACCACAAUCACCUCUAUGACCUCCAUCAAUUCCACCACAACAGCCACCACCUCCACCACCUCCAACAUCAUCUUCACCACCUCCACCUCCACCACCACAACCACCUCUAUCACCUCCAUCACCCCCACCACCACAGCAGCCGCCACCUCCACCUCCACCACCUCCGCCAUCACCUUCACAACCACAACCACCUCUACCACUUCCAUCAACUCCACCACAACCACCACCACCUGCACCACCUCCACCACCAACUUCACCACCUCCACCACCACAACCACCUCUGUUACCUCCAUCAACUCCACCACAACAGCCAUCAUCUCCAUCUCCACCACCAUCUCUACCACCACCACCUCCACCACCACCUUCACCACCUCCACCACCACAACCACCUCGAUCACCUCCAUCACCCCCACCACCACAGUAGCCACCACCACCUCCACCUCCACCACCACCGUCACCACUUUCACCACCACUACCUCCACCACCACAGCCAUCACAACCAACUCUAUCACUUCCAUCACCCCACCCCACAACAGCCACCACCUCCACCUCCAUCACCUCCACCACCAUAACCUCCUCUAUCACCUCUACCACCACCCAGCACCUCCACCACCUCUACCUCUACUAUAUUUAUCUCCAACACCACUCACACCACCUGCACACCUCCAAUACCUCCACCACCACCAACACCACCAGGUGCAUUGCCUUUCCCAUUCCCACCACAGCCACCAUCACCACCACCAUUACCUCUACCACCCUCACCACCUCCAUCACCUCCAUCAAAUCCACCACCUCCACCACACCUCCACCACCACCAACUUCAUCGCCUCCUCCAUCUCCACCACAACCACCUCCACAACCUCCACUCCCACCAACAUCACUGCCUCGAUCACCAACAAUACCUCCACCACCACCACCUCCACCAACAUCACCACCUCCAUCACCUUUAUCAUUUUCAUCACCUUCACCACUUCCACCACCACCACCACCACCAGCUCCAUCACCUCCACCUCCACCACCUGCACCACCCUUACCUCCACCACAUUCACUGUCAUCACCACCUCCACCUCCACAACCACUACCUCCACCACCUCCAUAACCUCCACCACUUCCACCAACUCCAUCACCAUUACCACCUCCACCAUAUCCACCACCACCUCCGCUACCUCCAUCACCUCCACCACUUCCACCAACUCCAUCACCAUUACCACCUCCACCAUAUCCACCACCACCUCCACCACCUCCAUCACCUCCUCCACCCCCUCCACCACUGCUACCACCUCCAUCUCCACCACCACCACCACCACCAGCUCCAUCAGCUUCCUGAUCUCCACCAAAACCACAAUCACCUUCAUCACCUCCACUACCUGCAUCACCACCACCUCCACCACCAUCACCACCUCCCCCACCUCUACCACCUGCACCACCUCCUCCACCACCUCCAUCACCACUACCUCCAUUGCCUCCCCCAUCCCCACUACCUCCUCCACCUCCAUCACCUCCCCCACCACCUCCACCACCAUUUCUACCAUCUCACCACAUUCACCACCUCUAUCACCACCAUCACCUCCAUCACCCCUACCACCUCCCUAACAGCAGUAUCCCUUUCGAACAAGCGCCCACGCCGACACCCCUCCACACUGGGGGAGCCACAGCCAAGCGCAGAAGCCCCAGCCCUGGCUCCGCACGGCCUCCCGUCCGACCUGGCCACGCAGCUGUCCCCUGCACAGUCAGAAUUCCUUCCACUCCCAGCCGUGGCUGGACAGGGGAAGACCGGGGUGAACCAUCUGGGCCGUCCUUGAGGGAGAAGAGACCCAGAGAGAGGAGGUCAAAAGAACGCUCUCAGGCAGAAGCCAAAUGGCUUCCUGGGCCUGGGGACUCCAGUCCCUGGAGGAGAGGCCAGGCCAGGGACGAGGACCGCGUGCUUGACUGUGCGAGCCACCUGAGCGAUUAUGGAAGAAACAGAGGCAGAGACGAGUCCAGGGAGGCUCCCUGCGGCCUCCCUCGGCUGUACGUGGUGGCAGGGCACCCGCACCAGGCACACCCCUCAGCGGAGCUGCACGGGUCUGCCUGUGGGUGGAGCCUGGAAGAAGCUGACGUGCUGCAAGUCUUGGAUGGGAAAAUUAUGAAGAAGACAGGUGUCCCUCUGAGCCCCCUCACUCCCCCAGCCCCACCCCAGACUCUCAGCCUGCCCUCCGAAUCGGCCUUGUCAGGGAAAGGCGCCAGCAGACGCCCUCUCGAUCAGAGCAUCUUCACCAUGAAAGGAACAAAGCCACACCACUCCCCAGGACCCUCAGUGUCUGAGGAAGGGAAGCAGGCUUCAAGGCCACUCAAUCCAACCUCCUUCCCAGAACUGAAACCCCCAAGCCUGCUUCCCAGGACGCACACCCAGCAACAAGGCAUUCGCAGGAACCAAGAGCGGGCACAGGCAGAGCGGGUGCCCAAUAGCUGUGUGGCCUCUGAAGCCACAAGCGGUCCAGAGCUAAAGUCAACCCAAGAGAAUGCCACCAACCUCUACGACACGCUCCAGGGGCCCAACGAGGGGCCUGCCCCUUCCCGACCCACAGCCACCCUCUGGGGCUCAGCCCAGUGUCCGUUGCUCUAG